CAUACUCCAAAACUCUUUCACAGAGAUUUACUCAGAGUCUCAGUGGUCCAGCAUGGAGCUGCAGCUGCUCAUUCUCUGCAGUUAAAUUGAUACAACCUGGAUGAGAAAUCUGAGGCGAGUUGGUUGGAGAACAUGUUGACCAAUGGAAUCUGUCUGCAAUGACUUGGUACAUCAGCAGUAAUUUCACUAUGGAGUUGUUCAGAGUUUGGUCCAAAUAUCAGAGGGUGGUUCUGAUCACAUCGAUGAUGUUCAUGCAAGGAAUACUUUUUACAGCAGUGGCAGACAGGUGUUUAUCCCCUCCUUGCACCAGUGGUGAAAGAUGUAUCGACCACAUGGGUCAACAUGUGUGUCUUUGCCCCAAAGAAUCGGAUAAAUUGUACAUGGGUGCAAACUGUGAUGAACUGUAUGAUCCCUGCAUUUUUGCACCUUGCACCAACUGUACCAGCGAACUAGGAACGGAUCAGUACACCUGUCACUGUCCAGAUGGCUUCACGGGGAACAGCUGUGAACAGAAUAUGGAUGAAUGUCAGAGCAACCCCUGCACUGGUGUUAAGUCCAACUGCGUUGACAAAGUCAAUGGUUAUUCAUGUCAUUGUCCUCUUGGAUUUGGAGGUGAGGACUGCCAGGAUUAUGUGUUCACUUGCACAAUGGAAACAUGUCAGAACGGUGGCACUUGCCUGGACAUCCCAGACUAUGGUCCCAAGUGUCUAUGUGCUGCUGGAUUCAAUGGUGUGGACUGUAAGGAAAAUAUUGAUGAGUGUGAAUUGGACCCCUGCCAAAACGGAGCCAUCUGUAAAGACAGAGUAAACGGCUAUCAGUGCUUCUGUGUGCCCGGAUUUCAGGGUUACCACUGUGACCUGGACAUUAAUGAAUGUGCCUCACGACCCUGUCAGAAUAAUGGCACAUGUCUGGAUAUGGUGGAUCGAUACCUUUGCAACUGCCCCCCAGGUUUUGAAGGCAUUAACUGUGAGAUGGAGAUCGAUGAGUGCGAAUCACUUCCUUGUCGUAAUGGUGCCACCUGUCAAGACCAUGUUGCCAUGUACUCGUGUGAGUGUGUGGCAGGUUUCCAGGGCCAAGACUGUGAGGUCAACAUUGACGAAUGUUCCAGUAUGCCUUGUCUGAAUGGGGGCCAGUGCAAUGAUAGGGUCAACAGUUAUGAGUGUGACUGUGAUGGGACAGGCUUUAGUGGGGACCACUGUGAAAAUGAUAUUCUUGAAUGUGCAUCUAACCCCUGCAUGCAUGGAGCCACAUGCUUAGAGGGAACCAACCAGUACGGGUGCCUCUGCUUGGAAGGUUACGAAGGGGAGAACUGCGAGGUGGAUAUAGAUGAGUGUGAACAGCAUCCGUGUGCCAAUGGAGCAGAGUGUUUUCAGCGCUCAGAUAUCCAGAACUAUGAAAGACUUCCUGAACUGAGAAUGGUAAAUUUUAGCUAUAACACAGCAGGUGGCUAUUUGUGUCGCUGCCUGCCAGGAUUUUCAGGUUACAACUGCUCAGUCAAUAUCGAUGAAUGUGAGUCGGCUCCAUGUCUUCAUGGAGGAAGCUGUCAGGACCUGGUCAACUCCUUUCAAUGUGUGUGUCCUUGGGGUUUCACAGGUGUUUUCUGCGAGGUUGACAUCAAUGAAUGUGACAGCAAUCCCUGUCUGAACGGAGCCACAUGUGAAAAUGGUGCCAACUCCUACAAGUGUCACUGUCCCUCACCAGAGCAAGAUCAGGAACCCUGGGGUGGACGUGACUGUGAUGUGAAGCUGCUUGGCUGCCGGCAGAACCAAUGUCAAAAUGGGGCAACCUGCAUGCCAAUACUGAAAAGUGAUGGGGGGCACAGUUACAUCUGUAUGUGUCCCCCUGGCUGGGGUGGAGAACGCUGCAAUACUUCAACGACUUUCUCCUUCAACAGAGAGGGUUAUGUUUAUAUGCAGCUGCCAGUUUUCAAGAAUAGGAAUACACAAGAGGCUGUAGAUAAAAUCCAAGGACUCCACAUGCAGCUUCGUUUCAGGAGUACUCUCCCAAACAUGGUGGUAUACUACCGGGGAACAGCUGAGCACUUUCUCUCCCUAGAACUUGUUAACGGCUUCCUCCAAGCUGUAGUAAACUCAGGGAGGUUACUGAAGUUGGUUUACUCCACCCCAUUCAAUGAUGGGAAAUGGUACCAAGUGACUGUGACCAUGGAUGAGGGGUUGGUUUUGACCGUUCAAGGGCCUGGUUGUAAGGAAGGAUGCCAGAUCAGGAAUGAAAGUCACAACCAUCUGAUUUUCCUCCAGCCCAACUUUUUCCGACAGCUUUAUAUUGGAGGAGUACCUCCAGAAUAUUCCACUCACUUUUCAAGUGGAAAAGGAUUUAUUGGCUGUAUAGAAGACCUUAAAGUUGACCUGAAACUGUUGCUACCUCAAGACCUCAUAAGGGAAGAAAACAAAGGCUUGGAACUUGGAUGUUCAAAAAAGGAUUGGUGUUCUAACAGAGUCUGCUCGGAGCAUGGACAGUGUGUGGACAUGUGGGUUCAUGCAGACUGUGUCUGUCAUCGGCCAUAUUAUGGCAUUCACUGUGAAAAAGAAUACUCCUCAUGGACGUUUGGCCAUGAAAACACCAGCAGCCACUCCGCAGUCAACAUUUCAACCAGCCAUGGAGAAAAUUUCACCAUUUCCUUUUUACUGCGAUCCCUCAAACCCAACGGUUUAAUCCUGCAGUUCCGCCGAGAGGGAGAGUCCUAUUUGACAAUCUAUCUCAAGGAAGGCACUGUUGCCAUCUACAGUCCUCACACAACUCUUUUGUCAGAAUCUAAGCAAGUCACUGAUGGGAAGAAUCAUUUAGUGAUGAUACAGAUUAACAAUUCUCAUGUGGUUUUCCCUAAAGCCGGGAAUCAUCGGGCCAUAGGCAACAUUAAUAUAGAAGCAGGAGAUGUGGCCUUUGUUGGAGGGCUCCCUGCAGGCAAGAAUACUAAUGCAUGGGGUGGAAACUUCAAGGGGUGCUUACAGGACAUUCGACUGGAUGACAAACAAAUAAGUUUUGGUGAUCAUCCCAAGGAUUUGGAAAUUUACCAGUCAACCACAGAGAACGUGCAUAAAGGAUGUAACAGUGACAACACAUGCAAGGUUAACCCCUGUUUAAAUAAGGGGAAAUGCCAGGUCACUUGGAAUGAUUUCAAGUGCUUGUGCCCUGUGAACUUUUCUGGCCAGCUCUGUGAAACACGCCUGUGGUGCAUUGACAAGCCCUGCUAUGAAGGAGCAAGCUGUGUGGAUCUGAUGGAUGGUUAUGAAUGUUUGACAGAAGCUGUUUUUCAAAACAACUCUAUUCAGUAUAUUGCCAAUGGCUCCCUUCUGAACCCUGUGACGAACAUCACCAUGGCCAUACGGACACGGAACGAGAAUGGGAUCUUGUUGCGUUCUGAAGGCAGAGCACAAGUAUUGUGUUUGGGCCUAUUAAACUCCAGCCUACUGGUCAAACUGGACAGUGGGCCAGGUGAAGAACUACUGGCCUUUACCAGCGACAGGACCAUCUCAGAUGGUGCAUGGCACCAGAUCCACCUCAGUAUGGUCAACCCUCUGUCUUCAGUGUCUCGUUGGCACCUCACUAUUGAUGGGCAGAGGACUGGUGUCAGCUUUGGAGUAAGCGGCAACUUGAACUUUCUGAAUAACAGCAAGGUUUGGCUGGCCGAACGCUACAUUGGAUGUUUACAGGAAGUGAGAAUAGGUGGCGUUUAUCUGCCUCUAAUAAAGGUACCAGACACACCACAGCGAAGCCGGUUCUCCAAGAUAAGUGGCCUUGAACCAAUCAUUGGGUGCCAAGGUUCACCAGUUUGUGAUGCCCAGCCCUGCCUUAACCAGGGUGUGUGUCAUGACCAGUUUAAUGAGUUUAACUGCAGCUGCGGCCCUGGAUGGGAAGGGAGCUUGUGUGAGAAGGAGAUAAACGAGUGCUCUUCAGCUCCCUGUGUCUACGGUUUAUGCAAAGACCUCAUGGCAGACUAUCAGUGUGAAUGUGAACCUGGAUAUAAAGGGAAAAAUUGUCAGGAUGAAGUGGAUAAUUGCCAGGAGUUCAGCUGCGUAAAUGGAGGAUUAUGUGAACAAGUUGCUGGAACUUAUACCUGCUCAUGUCCUCCUGGGUACAAGGGCAAGCGUUGUCAAUGGCGUUUCCCGCCAGUAGCUUGUGAUGCAUUCAUGGAUUGCCUUAAUGGUGGGGUUUGCAUAGGAGGCAACUGCACCUGCAAACCUGGAUACACUGGUGAAAGGUGUGAGAUGGAAAUAGAUGAGUGUGAAUCCAGUCCCUGUCAAAAUGGAGCCACCUGUCUAGACCAGCUCAACCACUUUCAGUGUGUGUGUGUCACAGGCUUCAGUGGUAAAUUGUGUGAUAACAAAAAAGGGGAGCAUAAGGAGCGAGUUCCCUGGCUGGCAGUGACCAUCCCCCUGACAACCCUGUGUGUGCUGCUAGCCAUUGUGACAGUUUUUUUCAUGAUCAUGACAGCACGAAAGAAGAGGCAGUCAGAGGGCACAUACAGUCCCAGCUCUCAGGAGGUAGCCGGCGCAAGGUUGGAAAUGGGAAGCGUGCUCAAAGUACCACCCGAGGAGAGGCUGAUCUAAAUUCUGAAGUUGCCUUCUCAGAAUCUUGCAUCCAAAGGAUGCAUAUAAUGCCAGAGCAAAUAUAUAUAUGGCAAAAUCAUACUGAUUGCUCUACAAACUCAGAAGAAACAGUAGGGAAGUCAGCUGCCUGGAACAGCUGCUGAUGCUGGAUACAAAUGAAUUCAUUUUUGCUUCUUUCUUGUGAUGAUAUAAAAAGGAAAUGACGGUUUGUGAAACAAAAAGAAUCUCAAUGAUUGUUGCAUAAUUCUGUGAGGAAAUUUGCACAAGUCUUUUACACUGUGACAAGUACUGUCAACCCUUUGGCAGCGGGAAUGAUUUUUAAACCAUUGAAUUCAGUAUUUUUGUACCUGAUCAACUUGUCCUACUUUUCUUUGACAAAUAAUGUGUUCAUAUGAGUAAGAAAAACAUACCACAAACCAUUUGAAUGUAUUUAGAGUUUAUUUAGUAGAACUGUCUCUAAAUGUUAAUCUAUUUGGGCUUUCAAAGACAUUCUUACUGCUGUAUAUAGGAUGUCCUGAUCAGGAUUUCUUUUUUUCUGUUACUUAUUACAGAAUAGGCAUUUCAUAAUAUUUACUCCUCAAUUGUUUUUUAAUAGAAGUAGAAAAAAAAUGACCACAGUGAAUACCUAAAUAUAUUUCCUUAAAAUUACAUUAAAAUCUCAGAUUAAGAAGUUGUAGAAAACUGCUCUGUUAUUCUAAGAAACAUCUCCCAGAAAAUGUUCCAAUAAUCUGACUGGACACAUAGUUGUAGUUUCCUUUGAACACGUGUUGCUCUUUUUGCCUUUGUUUUGAGUGAACCAUUUUUUUUCUGUAGCACUAGGCAGCAUGUUUACUCACUUUUUUAAUAUGACUCUAAAUUCUCCUUAUAAAUAAUUAAAUUAUGGUUCCAGUAAGAGCACAGAAAACAGAAAUCGCUGUUCUCUUGCUUUAGAGACUUAAUGUUUAAAUAAUUUAGGUAAAACAAAAAUGUCUUUCUCCAACACUAAACAGGCAGUUUGCAAUGAUAAAUAUUUAGCAUGAACAAUGUGGUCAGCAUCAAACUGAGUGUUUAGUGGGCACAAACACAGAACUCCAUCAGGCUCCUAAAGACAAAUCAGAUUGGGGCAUCUUCAGCUGUAUCCCUUUCUUUGUGUACACUGUAUGAAUGAACAGGGUGACCCUGCCAUCUAGAUUUCUACCUGUAUUUGACUUUGUGAUUGUCCUCAUAUGUGUGUCUUGUACUGCAUGUGUAUGUACUGUAUGCUACAAAGGUUGAAGUCACUGUAUCCUCCAUAUUCCCAAUGGUAUAUUUAGACAAUUUUAUUUAAAAAAAUGUGACUGUUGCGGCUAAUGUGUCAGAAAAAGGUCAAAAUGUGGAUGUUUUAAAUUUUGUAAAGAACAUCUGCUUGAUGUCUGAUGUAUGUAAGAACAUCUGCUUGAUGUAUAGGUGAAUCAUGAAUAUUCACUUUUUGUGUUUGACAAUUUAACGGGCAUACUUUAUUUAUGAAGGCGUUUUAACUCUAAAACUACUAACAUGGGGUGUCCAGAGGAAAAAUAGUCAUGCAUCUGUGGUUCAGCAGAGAUAAACACUAAUUUCAAAAGGCUUGAUUUGUUAGAUAUAUCCAAUUUCUAGAAUAACCAAUGAGGUGCAGUGAUGUAGCAUUUAACUAAACCGCACAAAUACAGAUUUUAAUACAAAAAUGUAUGGUUGAUAGCUCGUGGAGCUUGAAGAGCUUUAUUUAAAGCAUCUCAGUAAAAAAAAACAUCUCCUUUUUUGAAGAACUGGAAAGCCCACUUUGCCUGACAAGAAUGUGCAUAGAAAACUGUUAGAAGAACCUGUGAUCUAGCAAAACACCUAUCCAUCCAUCCAUCCAUCCAUCCAUGCAUCCAUCCAUCUUCUCACACUUAACUUGUGUGCGGCUGGCACCUAUCUCCCUCAGUCUAUGCACAAAAGUAAGGACUUGGACCGGUUGCUAGUCCUUCAUGGAGUAACACAUAGACACACAACCAUGCAUACACACACUCACACCUAAGGAAAAUGUAGAGAUGCCAGUUAACCUAACACUCAUAUUUUUGGACUGUGGGAGGAAGCCGGAGUAUCCGGAGAAAACCCACGCAUGAAAGAACAUUCAAACUCCAUUUGGAAAGACCCUGGUCGGACAAUAAAACAAACAGUUGUUUUAGAUGCUGAGAGCCUGUUAAAGGGUGAGCUCUUGUGUCAAACUCGAAGCAAACUUACUGCUCCAAGUACUUACCUACUGCGCUCAUUUAUACUUUGCUGAAAAACUAGCAACCAAUUUCUUUAUUAUGAUUUCUCUUAAUUAUUUCACACUAAAUGUAUUAGCACAAAAAUGUGUGAAUUAGCACAACAAAUAAGUUAAAUGUUAUGUCAGUUAGUUGGUAGUGCAGGGUUAUGUUUUGAUAAAAUCAGAAUUAGUCCGCAAAUUUGACACCACUACUGUAUACUUGCCUGUACCCAGAGAAGCACUACUUGCCUUUUAUUCUAGUUUCAUCUGUGCUGUCGGUUUCCCAAAUUCACGGUCUGUAAAUUUUACAGAAAACAUUCCACAUCGCCCCGAAAAUCGCACAGUGUACGCCCGGCUUUAGUUUUAAGUAUUUCAUGUAAAUCAUGUCUUAAGGGUAACAAGAUAAAACCGCAUAUACGAGUAGUUUAAAGUGAAUGCUUUUAAAUCCUUCCUUUUCCCCCUUAAAUUAUGCAGUUGUGGUCUCUAUGAAGUGGAACUGCAAUACUCUGGUCUGAAUUCUUUGUCUUUGUAACUUCACAGGUUCCUACUUUACCACUGUUCGGAGAGUACCUCAUUCUGGUGCAGCUUCUUAAAAUAGUCAGUCCCCCCUAAGUAUUGAUCUCCACCAUGUUGGUGAUUGUUUUACCCCAUUGGUGAUUGUUUUAGUUUGAUAGUAGACUAUCAAAUGGAAGACUUUCUCACAGCCUUGAACCUUUCUGGUCAGAUGACAAAAACCGAAGACUCUUUCCUAUUUUUUUUCAAAAAAAAUUGUCAUUACACUGUCUCAAGUACAGAGCAACAAUCUCUAUGCAUUUAAACCAUCCCCGGCCUGCCGUUGUGCGGCGCCCAGGGAGCAGUGUAGACUUGCUCAGGGACCCAGAGUGGCAGUCCUUGGGAGUGGAAACCUCAAGAUUCCAAGCUGGGGAUUUCCACACAACUCCUGACAGACUGAAUUCAACUUUUAUAGACUCCUAUAGGAUAUAAGUACAUUGAAAAAAUAUUUAGGAGCUAAAAUUCCACAGACAGCCUCAGCAGAUGGUCACUCACUCUGAGCCCUGUUCUGCUGCAGGUUUUUCCUGCAGCAGAUUUCUUCCUGUUUAAAGUGAGUAUUAUUUUUCAUUGGUGCUCCAAGCUUGUCUGCUGUUAUGGAUAGCUGUUGAGUCAACGAGUCAAUGCAAUCAGCUGGUUUUCCUCAGAAAACUUUAACUAAUCUGACUGUACGAUUUGGUUGAAUUGUCUCUGUUAAGUGCCUCGAGAUGACGUGUUGUGAUUUGGAGCUUUAUAAAUAAACUGAAUUGAAUUAAUGUGGAUUUUUGCACAUGUCAACUUAAAGUACAGGCUAGUUAGGAAAAAAAAGCGAAAUCUGAGACCUAAAGGACGAAAAGAUUAUGUAUUUUCUUCAUUCUUUGGCUCCUCUUCAAGGAUGUACAUGGCAAAAAGUCUGACAUGUACAAAAACAUCAUCUGAUAUAUUCUUUGUGAAUAUUGUAAAUUAAUGUCUAGUCAGUUCAAGCUAUGUUUUGCUAUCUUCUUCCUGUCAAAACCCAUUCUAUCUUUAACAUUCAAACACAAAUACAAUCUGAAAGAAAGCCCUGGAUAAAGAAUAAAGAGAAUAAAGAGCAACAAAUGUAUGUUAUCUUAAGUGUUAUGACACUGGUACGUUAUUUAUUGCUGACAUAACUUUGCUUUAUUAUUUUGUAGAAUUGCAUGACCGUAGGCAAGAUAAUUUUAUCUAAUCCAGUUGAUAUUGGCAUUGAGUAUUCUAUAUCAAAGGGUUAAAAGAACCAUUUGAAAAUGGUAAUUCCAAAGUUAUGUGAAUGGUGCAACACUAAUAUGUGCCUUGAUGUUCUCCUGAAUCCAAGGAAAAAUGUUAUAUUGGUCCUCUUCAGAUGUGAUUGAGACAUAUCCAGACUGCUAAGGAGAAAUAUUUGGGAGACCACUAACUGUGGAAGGUUUAGUGCUUCCCCAAUCUUACAUCUUUAGCUGAUUAAAUACAUAAAAGUCAUGUAUAGUGUACUAAAUCAUUUUGAUUAAAACUGCAGUAUGCUCAGGAUUAGUAAACAGAAACUCAAUGAAACUUUUCCAAUUUGUUUCACUGUUAAACCAAAACAAUUAUUUCCCUCAUUGACUUAAACCCAUUUUGAGUUUAGAAGCUUCUAAGUGUCAAAAAUUAUUUUUUCUCAAUUUCUUUGGUUGGAGUCUCUUAAUUUGAUGUCCUUCUGAAAAACAGCUCUUACUGUACAUCAACUAAAGCUUUCUAUGUAAAGAAGGGGUGUGUUUGAGACCAUAGAUGUCUAUUUUUAACGUCUGUUGUUUGUAUUUCUGUAAACAUAUGGAUCUUAGUGUAUUUUUUUGUUUGUUUUUUAUUGUUCAAGUGAAAAAAUAAAAUAGAGUAAAUUCAA